AUGGCACUCUCGAUUAUAUUGCUGUUCUGCUCUACCUCAGGCAUAUCGCUAGAAAAACUGUCCAAUCUACUUCAUAUAUUCUUGUAUCUAGCUCGUUCAAAACCACAAUCAAUACCUUAUCAAACAAAGUCUUGUUUGAAAUCGAGUACAUGUGCAACUGAACAAAUUUUAUUUUGUCAAAAUACAACAGAUAAUAAAUUAUCAAAAGUACUAGAAUAUAAAAAUCAACCGAUUAUUUUCAAUCGUUAUUCAUACGAAUUCUAUAUACCAAAUCAUCUACUUAAACAAAGUCAUGAAUGCGUGAUAAUAGCAGCAUUAAAUCCUCAUUGUUUUACAGUUCAACUUAAACAAGAUGCUAUUGAAUUUGAUAAAUUUCAACGUGAAAUCAAUGAUUUCUAUAAUGAACUUGACGAUAAACAAUACUUACUUGUACCCGAACAAAUACACGCCAAUCUAUGUGUUAUGUGUGCCGAUCCGAAAUCAUCUGACAAUGAUAAAAUUUGGAAUCGUUCACAAAUACUUGAUUUCGAUUCAACUGAUAAUACAGUCAAUUUAUUUUAUGUCGAUUUAGGUACAUGGGAUGAAUAUGUACCAAUAAAUCGUCUUCGCCUUCUGAUCGACUGUUUUCAUCGGCAUUUAGUUUUCUCUUUAACAUGUCGUUUAGCUCAUGUAUCACCAUUAAAUAUCGAUGGAGACGAUUUGACAUGGUCAAAUGAUGCCACCCAUCAAUUUCUGGCUGUUAUUGAUCAAGUUACACCUGAAAUAGAAUUUAUCUCAUUUGGACAAGAUGGAUGUUUUCAAACGAAUCUAUUUGUUACCAAUUCUGGUCAAUAUGUGUGUGUUAAUGAUUAUAUGAUACAUAUUAAAAAAGCAACAGCUAUUGUACAACCAACAAAUAUUGAUGAUGACAAUCAAACAAUUGUUCAAUUUGACAAAAAUUGUAGCAUCAAUAUCAAUCCACCGAUUCAUCCAGUUAUAGCUUUAUACAAUCAAUCAGGAGAAGUUUUAAAACGAUCUCUCAUUAUAUCUCGUUCAGCUAGUCUCAAUAAUUCAUUAAUGUCAUCAUCGGAUAUUUCAAGUAAAUCACUUGUUAAAGUUAUACAUAUUCAUAUAAAAACACACAGCAUCAAUCAGCAAUUAAAUAGCGAACAAAAACUACCUAUUAUUUUUAUAUAUUAUCAAAACAAUAUACUUAUUCCUGAUUUCAAUAUAUGUACUUUACUUAAAAUAAUGAAUUCAAAUAUUGACAUUGAUACUAUUCAAGAUUAUGCUUCAGCUAUUAAAUAUCAUUCUUUACAAAUAACACGGGAAUUCAAUUCCGACGUGUUUGUGCAAAUCGACUCCUUCGUUUAUGUUCGAGCUUUGAAUAUUGUUUCAUUAUAUUCAAUUGAUUUUGUUCAUUCGAUUCUUGAAUAUUUUCAUUUUACAAUUGGAAAUGUAUAUCUUGAAUUAGAACAUGCAAAAUAUGUUCAAUUGAAUGCACUAGAUCUUACUCUUUGGUUUAAAAUGAAUAAUGAACUUGCAGCUGCAUCCUCCGACAAUUCCAUGAAGAAACUUGAAAAUGAACAAAAACCAACAGUAAAAAGGCGUCUUCCAUUUUCCAAUCGGUUAAUAAGUUCCACAUGA